AUGUACAACGGACUUCACUGCAUUCAUCGACGCAUCGACACCAAGCUCGAAGAGCAGCAAGCGGCGAUCGAGAGCGGGAAAUCUCCCUUCCUCGACGACGCCGAAUCGAUGGACUGCCCCUACCACAUCAGUCCGCAGAUGCUCUGGGUGGACAAAGUCAAAAAGCGAACGCUGCAGGAAGGCGCGCUCGUGUUUAACGAGUCCGCGAAAGAAGGAAUCAAGUAUCUUCAGGAGGCGCAGCUCAUCUCCGACCCCGCGACUCCCGCGGAUAUCGCUCGCUUCUUGCGGUUUACUCCGGGGCUGAGCAAGUCGCAGAUCGGAGAAUACCUCGGGAAGAACCAGGAGGAGAACAAGGAAACGCUCUACGAAUAUGUGCACACGUUCGAUUUCACAAACACCACGCUGCUUACUGCGCUUCGAAUGUUCCUAGAUACUUUUUUGCUGCCUGGAGAGGCGCAGCAGAUCGAUCGAAUCAUGGAGUCCUUCGCACGACACGCCUACGAGCAGUCUGUAGACCACGACAUUCUGAUCAACCCGGACGUGACGUACUGCGUCUGCUUCUCGAUUAUCAUGCUGAACACCGAUCUGCACAACCCGAACAUGAAGCCGGAGCGUCGCAUGCAGCUGAAAGACUUCAUCAAACUGAACAAAAACUACGGAGAAAUGAAUCAUGGCCAGGACUUGACCGACGAGUUCCUGAUCGACAUCUACAAAUCCAUCGCGAGCGAGCAGAUCUUCACGAGCUCCAUCGUAUCCGAGCGCUUCCCUCCUCACCCACAGGCGACAAACGACCAGCUUCGAAACGAGCAGUGGGUGAACGUCAUUCGGCAGUCGCACAUCCCCGAGAAGCAGCAGUUCAUCGCGCAUUCGUCCGAGUUCUUCGAGCACUGCGCGCACUGCAGCGCCGGAAUGUACGACCGAGACAUCUUUUCCAUCGUGUGGUCUUCUUCGCUCGCCGCCGCCGGCGCGCUUCUCGAAGUCACCGAAGACCAUCGCUUGAUGGAGUUUUCGCUGGACGUGUUCGUGACGCUGGCUCGCAUCUCCGCGUUCUUCAAUCUCUCCGUAUCCUCUUUCCCCCUCUUUCAGUGCAGAACGCUCUCGACUCGCUCGUGUACUUCCUCACCAAGUUCUCCAGCAUCACGACGGAGUACGUCAAUCCGCAGGGCGCCAACGAUCCCAUCGAGUUCCUCGUGCGCCUCGGCGAAAACCCUUCUUCGCAAGCCUCGCUCGUGA